AUGAACUACGAAAUGCUCAAAGUCGCGAUUUUUCUCCUCUCGAUCUCGCUCCUUUUCGAACGCUCAUUUGGAGCUCCACAAUCAGGGACUUGCACUAAAGACGACGAAUGUCCAUACGGAUCCGACUGUGUCAUCGAUUCGGAGAAAUGUCCGAAUGUGGGUGAAGGCUGCCGCGGCAUUUGUCGAUCCAAGAACUGCGUCUCGGCAGACGAUUGCCCAUCAGGCGAGAGGUGUGUCAUCGAAAAGUGCGGAUGGAGCGGCUUCUGCGCCUACCAUUGCGAGCCUUUUCAGUUGAAAAAGACUCAA